UUCUCAGGAGUUGAUGCAGACUAAAAGAAGCUAAAAGAAGUGAUACUGGACUUAUAAACAUCAGGUGGACACAGACACCCCAAUGGGAAGAUACCUUUGCUCUGCAUCUGCUGUACAGAAACGUAAAAAUGAAAGCAGACCUGCUGAUGGAGCGCCGUGGUGUUUUGCAGGCGGCAGCGGCGGGGCAGCGUCCACUCUUCAUGGAGCGUGAACAUGCUCUCUCGCUCUCUAUCUCGCCGGGGCUUCCGCUGGACCCUUCAGUCUGGAGGUGUCUUAUCUCCGGUGAGCGCGCUCGCAUCAGAUGAAGCUUGCUGACAGCGUAAUGGCAGGGAAAACCUCGGAAGGCUCCAUCAAAUGGCAGCUCUGCUACGACAUCUCAGCCAGGACCUGGUGGAUGGAUGAAUUCCAUCCUUUCAUCGAAGCCCUGCUGCCCCACGUCCGGGCCUUCGCCUACACAUGGUUCAACCUGCAGGCCCGCAAGAGGAAGUACUUCAAGAAGCACGAGAAGCGCAUGUCCAAGGAGGAGGAGCGCGCCGUGAAGGACGAGCUGCUCGGCGAGAAGCCCGAGGUCAAACAGAAGUGGGCGUCGCGCCUCCUGGCCAAACUGCGCAAGGACAUCCGGCCCGAGUUCAGGGAGGACUUCGUGCUGACGGUGACGGGGAAGAAGGCGCCGUGCUGCGUGCUGUCCAACCCCGACCAGAAGGGCAAGAUGAGGAGGAUCGACUGCCUGCGCCAGGCGGACAAAGUCUGGAGGCUGGACCUGGUCAUGGUGAUUUUAUUCAAAGGGAUUCCCCUCGAAAGUACUGACGGGGAGAGGCUGGUAAAGUCUCCUCAGUGUUCGAACCCCACCCUGUGUGUGCAGCCGCACCACAUUGGAGUUUCAGUCAAGGAGCUGGAUCUGUACCUGGCCUACUUCGUGCACGCAGAAACCGGCCAAUCAGAAAGCCCCAACCAGGCCAGCGAAUCAGAUAUCAAGGAGCAGCCGGAGAACGGUCAUCUGGGUUUUCAGGACAGCUUCGUGACGCCCGGCGUCUUCACGGUGGCCGAGCUCGUCCGAGUCUCACAGAUUUUGCUGACGUAAAAACUUUGUAGUUACCUUCUCUGGUUAUUCUGCAGC